UUACAGCUUACAGCUAACCUAACUUCAGACAGCUUUCUCACACGAUAUUAUCCGGUCUAUAGAAAAGACAUGAGUCAAAUAACCUGUUAAAUAAUAAAUAACACGACUUAAUAUAAUUUUUAAUUUAGUAUUUGAUAUAUUUGUAAUAUUUUGCAAUGGUGCGCAAACUCAAAUUUCAUGAGCAAAAAUUGCUCAAAAAAGUAGAUUUCAUUAAUUGGAAAGUUGACAACAAUUUACAUGAAGUAAAAGUUAUGAAAAAGUAUUGUAUACAAAGGAGAGAAGACUAUACCAAAUAUAACAAAUUAUCUAGAAAUAUUAGAGAAUUAGCUUUAAAAAUUAAAGAUGUAGAUCCAAAGGAUCCUUUCAGAACAGAAAAAAGUGCAUUGUUGUUAGAAAAAUUAUAUGUUAUGGGUUUAAUUCCAACCAAGUGGGAUCUCAGUCUUGCUCAAAAAGUGACAGCAAGUUGUUUCUGUCGAAGGAGGUUACCAGUUGUCAUGGUUCGAAAUAAAAUGUCCGAAACAAUAAAAGGCGCUACAAAGUUGAUACAACAAGGCCAUGUAAGAGUUGGUCCAGAAAUAGUGAAAGAUCCAGCAUUUCUUAUAACUAGGACACUUGAAGAUUUUGUUACAUGGGUCGAUGGAUCUGCUAUAAAACGACAUGUUAUGGAAUACAAUGAUAUGAGAGAUGAUUACGAAUUAGGAAUAUAAGGUGAUUCAAAGCAUAGAAAUAACAGAGGAACAAGCUGAUAAUCUUUGCUGUAUUUUACAUAUAUUUGAUGUAUUUAACAUUGUUAAUAUAUUUGCAUUAAAUAACAUUUUAUAUUCUUUAUCACUAAGUUUCCAUUUUUGGAAUGAUAUGUAUUUAAUCAGUACCAUUUUAUAUUCAUUUUAACUAGACACUAGUACAUUGCGUGUACUCUUGAUAUGCAUAUACAUAUAAAAAAUAUUAAUAUAUACA